AUGUCUUGCCACCACAUCGCCCUGGCCAGAAAAUGGUUUUAUAACGUCGCUGCUUAUGCGAACCUUCACCAUAACUGCCGAAAUAGACUUGUUCUGCGACUGAUUUGCAUCCAAGCCUUCUGUAAUAAUGGACUGAAAACCAAACUACUUGAUUAUUAUAAACGGGAAAUUCUUCAGACUUAUGGAUUUCAACAUCUUGUUACUUUAUUAAACUUGGAGAAAACAGGUCUCCUCAGGCCACAAGGGCAAAAGACUUACUUAACAAUUCGAAAAUCCUUAAGGUUAAUAGUGGAUGAUAUCAAUGACCAAAACCCUACAGAUAUCUCCCACGUAUAUAGUGGUUAUGCUCCACUGAGUAUUCGGUUAGCACAACAUCUUGCUCAUCCAGGAUGGAGAAGCAUCACAGAAGUACUUAAGCUUCUGCCAGGAUCCACUGUUGAAGAAAUUCAACAGAUCCCAGUCGGACUCCGGAAAAGAAGAAGUUCUUUGACUUCAAAUAAUUCCCAAAGUGUGACAUUGGUUUACUUUCUUGGGGGAAUCACUUAUGCCGAGAUUGCAGCAUUACGCUUCUUAGCACAACAAGAUGAUAACAGUGUGGGUGGAACAGAUUACAUUAUUGCUACAACCAAAUUAAUCAAUGGCAAGAGUUUAUUAGAAUCUGUGAUGGAAAAGCUUGAACCACCAAAGCUAAAUCCAUUUUAA